AUGAAAGACGAGCUCAUCGGAAAGCCCGAACCACCCUCUGAUGUACAGAUCCACGACGAUGAUCUCACUGCUCAGAACCCCCAAGUCCAAGAGCUUUUUGCCGACAGUCCGGCAGUCAGAUACUUUUUAAUCCCGUGCGCCAAAUAUACGUUCAAGAUCUACGUCGUUGUGCUACUACUCCUGGAUAUCGAUGGAGCGAGAUGUUAUUUCGGAGCUGGAGAGAACAUGUGGGAGAAAUGUGGUCAGCGUUGGUUUUGGAUGUUUAAUACCAUGGUCCUCGUGCACUUUGUCUUUGGCACCUGCGCAAUAUAUGGUCUUAAGAAAUUGGCCAAGCGGAGGAUGGCAGUCCGGAGGCUUGCCAAUAGCAACACUGUCUGA